CUGGUGGCCAGUCGACCGCUUUACCUAUGCCUAGAAACGGACUGUGAUGAUGAUGGUGAAGUUAUUCUAAAGCAAUAAGCAGAACUGAAUCGCUUAUUUUAUGUUGCGGAGUUCAGCAGAUGUUUUGAUCCAGCAACACGUUUUUUGUUUCAUGUUAGUUUUGUGUGCCUCGCGCCUCGGACUCCUGCAGCUCUCCGCCCCUCCGGACUCGCUCGUUCAGCGCGCUUCCAGCAGAGCUCACUGUGUGUCGCAGGGCGAGAGGAUGACGGCUCGAGUGUGCAGCUCGACGGUGAGUGUGCUGUUAUUGUGUCUGUCUGGAUGUUUGACCACAACAGACGCGGCUCCAGGGCGGAACUGCACAGUGGUGGGUCACUGUCCGGCGAAGCUGACGGUCGUGCCGUCCAGUCGGGGAUGUGUUUCUGAUAAAGACUGCUCUGGAGGACACAAAUGCUGUGUCUUUGACUGCGGGGCUGUGUGUGUGCCACCUGCUUUCACAAAGCCAGGAGUGUGUCCACGCAGAAAAUUUGGAGCAGGAAUGUGUGCUGAGUUCUGUGUCAAUGACAGUGACUGUCCGAACAAUGAGAAAUGCUGCAGCAAUGGAUGUGGACAUGAAUGUAUGGCUCCAUAUACAGUGAAGCCUGGUCGAUGUGCUCUACCGAAGGGGACUCCGAUGUGUGCAGAAUACUGUUACCAUGAUGGCCAGUGUCCUGCUGAACAGAAAUGUUGCCCAACCACCUGUGGACAUGCAUGCAGUGAACCGUGCUGAUUUAACCAUCGGAAAGAGUCUUUGGUGGAUUAAUUUUGCAUAAUAAUACAUACUUUUUUUUUUUUUUGCCAUUUAGUGCUUUAU